AUGGGAGAAUGCACUUCCAAGGUCUAGACAGAAAACAUCGCAAAUGAAUUGGAUUUUAAUCGCUAUUCAACAUACUAGAAACUAGAGACAUUGGCCAAUGAUUUCGCUUAGAACGAAAAAAUUGACACUACUUAUAAUUCAUUAAUUCAAAGGAUCAUUGCAGCCAAACAAGAACACAUAUUGAAACUACUUAGUGUGAUGAAUACUCAAGAAAAAAAGGAAUUUAUGGCUAAAAUAGAAUGGAUGGAUUUUGAGACAGUGGAUUCAUUGUUUUAUCAUUGUUGCAAACAGAAUCACAUGGAUAUAUUCAAAGGAUCAGUUAAAUUUUGUAACAACCUGCUGGAGAAGGACCUCAAUCUAAUUAAGCAACGUAAAGUUGGCUUGGUGUUAUUAUGUGGUGGUAACAGUUCUCGAUUGCCUAAUAAAAUCCUUAACGAUAUUGGAUUUCCAUCCAAAAAAUGCAUUUUUUAAAUUAUGAUGGAACGGUUAAAAAAGAUUAUCAUUAUGGCUCAAGAGGCUGCAGAUUUCAGCGGUUUCCCCAUAGGGAUAUUGGUUUCCGAUUAAAAUGCAACAGCCUUUUAACAGUAUAUAAAAAGCAAAAAGGAAUUCGGGUUUCCUUAAAUUCAUAUAAUGCAGCAAAAGUCACUUCCAGUCAUCAACAAACAUGGAUAAGUGAUGUUUGAAUCCAAUUUGCCUGUUCAAGCCCCAAAUGGAGCAGGAAGCAUCUUCUUAUAAUUGUCAACAUUUUAAAAGAAAUUUCCAAGUAUGCAAUAUAUUCAUUUGCUGGGAUUUGACAACUUAGCAGGCCUCCCUUUGGACCCUAUCGUCUUGAAUCUCAUGAAUUAAACUCAGACAGAUGUGAUUUGCAAAGUAAUCGAAACUAACUCAACUUAAGACGAUAGAUUAUUUUAUUAGAAUGGUUAUUUUAAAACGAUGGAAACCCAGGAUUCAAGUAUGACAGAGAAUCCUGAAAACUUAGCAAAGAUGUGUUUAAAUGACAUGUAUGUAUCUGUUGCUUUUCUCAACAAUUUAAAAUCGAAUCACGAAAAGUCAAUGAAGUUUUCUUAAAGAUAUCAUGUCAUCAGAAGGGGACCAACUAUUUAAUUUGAAAAACAUAUCCAAGACAUAAUAGAAAUAGCCAACUCCACAAUCUUAUAUUAGACUGAAGAUUAUGCACUUUUGGUGGAUGACCCAAAAAAGGCUGUGAUCUAACUCUCCAAUGUCCACAAAAGAUACUUGCAGCUCGAAGGAACUUAAGAUAAUGAACUAGUUGAAAUCACACCAUAUAUGAGCUACAGUGGCGAAGACCUCAGAAAGCAAGAAAAUAUCAUAUUCCCUCUGAUUAUAUGA